ACUCUUUGUUUCAACCCGGAACUUUAGUCUUCGAGGUUUUGUGUUGAGUAGGACUGCCAAGGUGUGGGACGCGUGUUUACGUUGCCGGGGAGCCGUUUGAAAGAAUGAGGCGUUCAAGCACAGCUAAACAGUGAAUGAUGGCUUCGAGAGAGACGAUUCUUUUUAGUGGUGAUCAUAACACAGUUGAAGGUGGAGAAGAUAUGGAACAAGAAGAGUUUUUGGCAUUGAGUUUUUCAGGGUCUGAUGCAGCGUUUGACUCUGUUAUUGGAUAUAUAGAAGAUGUAAUUAUAGAUGAUAAUUUUCAACAACUCCAGAGAAAUUUUAUGGAAAAAUACUACAUGGACUUUGAAGAGUCAGAGGAGAAUAAAUUAUGCUAUACUCCUAUAUUCAAGGAAUAUAUUGACCUACUCGAGACCUACAUUGAGCAGCAACUAAUGGCAAGGAUGCCUGGGUUCAGCAUGUCAGCAUUUAUUGAAUCUUUAGAACAACAUAAAGAAGAGAUAGCUGGUGAUAUAUUUGACAUGCUGGUUACCUUCACUGACUUCCUGGCUUUCAAGGAGAUGUUUUUAGAUUACAGAGCUGAAAAAGAAGGACGUGGGCUUGAUUUGAGCAGUGGUCUCGUUGUGAGAGCCCUAACAGCAUCUUCUCCAACGUCCUUUCCUUCUAAUGGUUCCCGCCCUUUUGAGUGAUGUCACGACAUUAUUCAGAAGGUGUUCUUUUUUUUUUAGCACAAACAGCACAAUGUUAAACUAACACCAUAUCUUUUAUUUUAAAUGUGGCAUUCAAUGCCAUUUCCCCUCUUUUUUGAAAAUUUAAAAGAAUGUUGUCUGUACAUUCCAGAGAUUAGAAGUGCACCAGACAGACAUUCACAGCUCUUUAAACUCCCAUUACAUCAGUUUACAUGUAGUACCCUGUCUCUGCAGUAAGAGACCCCAUAAGUAAAUUAUUAAUUCCACAAAAUGUAAAAUAAUAAAACAAAAUGUCUAUUUUGGCUGUUUACAUUAGUAAACUAGUAAUAUGUCAAAAAAUGGAGCUGACGAAAUAAAUUGUGGAAAUGCUUUAGAGUUAAUAGAAAAUUUAGAGAAGGCACACAACUGAAAAUUUGCCAUAUAAAUUCUGCAAUUGCUUGGGGUAUUAAAAAGAGUACUGUAUAAAUAUUUUAAAUACUGGUGAUUACAAAUUUAAAAAGAAAGUGUACAAGAAACACCAUCAUUGGCAUACACUAGUAUUAAUGCCUGGUUCAUUAUUACUGCUGUAAUUAGAGGAUUGGAAAUCAUUUUUUGAGGAAGCUGGAUUUUUAUUUAUUUUUUUUUUAACUUGCUUGGCAUUUUUUAAAGCACAUGUUCUCAUCAUGUAUAUUUAGUUUUUGUGCACCCUGUGUUAUUCAUACCAGUACGUUUUAUUUAUGUUUAAUGUAAUAAUAACUUACAGAGUACAGGUAGUUGUCAAGGCAGAAAAAAAAAAGAAUCUCUUGGAUUUGUCCUUCACUUUCUUUCUUCUGUGCUGUAGACUUUUAGUGCUAGUAUUUAUAAUACGGAUUCUUAUUUAAUGUUAAAGAUAAAAAUGUUUAAUUGGACUGUCAUUUCUUGUAUGUACAUAUUAUAUAUUUGCAAUAAAUAAACUACACAGUA